GAGGCGGCCUGGGAGGAGCCUGGCGAGGCGGGAGCGUCGGCGCAAAGUGAAACUCCUGGCAGUUGCGGGAGCGCCGGGAGCCGCGGCGGGUGUGCGCCCUCGGGUCGGCCUGCUGCGCGCAGCGGCGCGGCGCCCAUGGCCCUGAGCAAAGGGCUGCGGCUGCUCGCGCGGCUGGAGGCCUCGGGCGAGAGCAGCGUGUUGCUGGAGGCGCGCGGCCGCGGCGACUGCCUGCUCUUCGAGGCCGGCACGGUGGCCACGCUGGCUCCUGAAGAGAAGGAAGUCAUUAAGGGACAGUAUGGCAAGCUCACGGAUGCUUAUGGCUGCCUGGGGGAGCUCAGGUUAAAAUCCGGUGGUGCUUCUCUGAGUUUCCUGGUGUUGGUGACAGGCUGCACAUCGGUGGGCAGAAUUCCAGAUGCAGAAAUCUACAAAAUCACCGCGAUCGAGUUUUACCCUCUGCAGGAGGAGGCCCGAGAGGAGGACCGCCUGCUCGCCCUGCGGAAGAUCCUCAGCUCAGGGGUGUUUUACUUCUCGUGGCCCAAUGAUGGCUCCCGCUUCGACCUGACUGUCCGGGCGCAGAAGCAGGGUGAUGACAGCUCGGAGUGCGGGAGCUCCUUCUUCUGGAACCAGCUACUGCACGUGCCCCUGCGGCAGCACCAGGUGAGCUGCUGUGACUGGCUGCUGAAGGUCAUCUGCGGCGUGGUGGCCAUCCGCACAGUGUAUGCCUCGCACAAGCAGGCCAAGGCCUGUCUCAUCUCGCGCAUCAGCUGUGAGCGCGCUGGCGCUCGCUUCCAGACCCGUGGCGUGAAUGACGAUGGCCAUGUGUCCAACUUCGUGGAGACCGAGCAGACGAUUUACAUGGAUGAUGGAGUCUCGUCUUUUGUCCAGAUCAGAGGGUCAGUUCCACUGUUUUGGGAGCAGCCUGGGCUUCAGGUUGGCUCCCAUCAUCUGAGGCUCCACAGAGGCCUGGAGGCCAACGCACCUGCCUUUGACAGGCACAUGGUGCUUCUGAAGGAGCAGUACGGGAAACAGGUGGUCGUGAACCUGCUGGGCAGCAGAGGUGGUGAGGAGGUGCUCAACAGGGCCUUCAAGAAGUUGCUCUGGGCUUCCUGCCACGCCGUUGACACGCCUAUGAUAAAUUUUGACCUACAUCAGUUUGCCAAAGGCGGGAAGCUAGCGAAAUUGGAGAACCUAUUGAGGCCUCACUUAAAGCUGCACUGGGAUGACUUUGAUGUGUUCACGAAGGGCGAGAAUGUAAGUCCACGUUUCCAGAAAGGCACUUUGCGGAUGAACUGUCUUGACUGUUUGGGUCGAACCAACACUGUGCAGAGCUUCAUUGCAUUGGAGGUCCUUCAUCUGCAGCUCGAGAGCUUGAGGCUGAACUCGAAGCCCAUUGUUGAGCGCUUCGUGGAGUCCUUCAAAGCCAUGUGGUCCCUGAAUGGACACAGCCUGAGCAAAGUGUUCACGGGCAGCAGGGCCCUGGAGGGAAAGGCCAAGGUGGGGAAGCUAAAGGAUGGCGCCCGGUCCAUGUCUCGUACCAUCCAGUCCAGCUUCUUUGAUGGAGUGAAGCAGGAGGCCAUCAGACUGCUGCUGGUUGGGGAUGUCUACAAGGAGGAGGCAACAGACGAAGGGAGGAUGCUCCUGGACAACACAGCCCUUCUGGUGACUCCCAGGAUCCUGAAAGCCAUGACAGAGCGACAGUCAGAAUUCACAAAUUUCAAGCGGGUCCGAAUUGCUGUGGGAACCUGGAACGUGAACGGAGGGAAACAGUUCCGGAGCAACCUGCUGGGCACGGCAGAGCUCACUGACUGGCUGCUUGAUGCACCCCGGCUCUCUGGAGCCGUGGACUCCGAGGAUGACAGCAGCCCGGCUGACAUGUUUGCUGUGGGGUUUGAGGAAAUGGUGGAACUGAGCGCAGGGAAUAUUGUCAAUGCCAGUACCACCAACAGGAAGAUGUGGGGUGAGCAGCUUCAGAAAGCCAUCUCACGCUCUCAUAGGUACAUUCUCUUGACUUCGGCACAGCUGGUGGGCGUCUGUCUUUAUAUCUUUGUACGUCCAUACCAUGUCCCGUUCAUCAGGGAUGUGGCUAUUGACACAGUGAAGACCGGCAUGGGGGGCAAGGCAGGAAACAAGGGUGCUGUGGGCAUUCGCUUUCAGUUCCACAGCACCAGCUUCUGCUUCAUCUGCAGCCACCUGACAGCCGGGCAGUCACAGGUGAAGGAGAGGAACGAGGACUACAGGGAGAUAACCCACAAGCUGUCCUUCCCCGCGGGGAGAAAUGUGUUUUCUCACGAUUAUGUGUUUUGGUGCGGCGAUUUCAACUACCGCAUUGAUCUUACUUAUGAGGAAGUCUUCUAUUUUGUUAAACGCCAAGACUGGAAGAAACUUUUGGAAUUUGAUCAGCUACAGCUGCAGAAAUCAAGUGGAAAAAUUUUUAAAGACUUUCAUGAAGGAGCCAUUAAUUUUGGACCCACCUACAAGUAUGACGUUGGCUCCGCUGCCUACGACACGAGUGACAAAUGCCGCACCCCAGCCUGGACAGACAGAGUGCUGUGGUGGAGGAAGAAGCGUCCUUUUGAUAAAACUGCUGGUGAACUCAACCUUCUAGACAAUGAUCUAGACCGCGACACCAAAGUCCGGCACACCUGGUCUCCGGGCACGCUCAGGUACUACGGCCGCGCAGAGCUGCAAGCAUCUGAUCACAGACCCGUGCUGGCCAUCGUGGAGGUGGAGGUGCAAGAAGUCGACGUGGGUGCUCGGGAGAGGGUUUUCCAGGAAGUGUCCUCUUUCCAGGGCCCUCUGGAUGCCACUGUUGUUGUAAACCUUCAGUCCCCGACCCUAGAAGAGAAGAAUGAGUUUCCUGAAGACCUACGUACUGAGCUCAUGCAGACCUUGGGGAAUUACGGGACAAUCGUCCUUGUGAGGAUCAACCAGGGACAGAUGCUGGUGACUUUUGCAGAUAGUCACUCGGCUCUCAGCGUGCUGGAUGUAGAUGGAAUGAAGGUGAAAGGCCGAGCAGUGAAGAUUAGACCGAAGACAAAGGAUUGGCUGAAAGGUUUGCAAGAGGAGCUCAUUCGAAAACGGGACAGCAUGGCUCCCGUGUCCCCCACUGCCAAUUCCUGUUUGCUGGAGGAAAACUUCGACUUCACGAGUUUGGACUAUGAGUCAGAAGGGGAUGUUCUAGAAGAUGAUGAAGACUAUUUAGUGGAUGAGCUCGGGCAGCCUGUGGUCUCGGACAGUGAACUAGGGGGCGACGACCCACCUGAUGCCCCCAGCUUCACAGCAGUGGCACCUGCCAGCAAGUCACCUGCCCUGACAAAAAAGAAGCAGCGUCCAACGUACAAAGACGAUGCUGACCUGGUGGAGUUAAAGCAGGAGCUGGAAGCUGUUGGGGAUUUCCACCACCGCUCUCCAAGCAGGUCUCUAUCGGUCCCCAAUAGGCCACGGCCACCUCACCCGCCACGGAGGCCACCCCCUCCAACUGGUUUGAUGGUGAAGAAGUCUGCUUCAGAUGUGUCCAUCUCCUCCGGCACCCACGGGCAGUAUUCGAUUUUGCAGACAGCAAAACCCCUGCCAGGAGCACCGCUACAGCCGCCCAAAGCUAGGACUGGAAUAAGCAAACCUUACAAUGUCAAGCAGAUCAAAACCACCAAUGCUCAGGAAGCAGAAGCAGCCAUCCGAUGUCUCCUGGAAGCCAGAGGAGGCACCCCAGAAGAGGCUGUAAAUGCCAUGGCCCUGAGGGACCAAGGGUCCUCCAAGCCAGAGACCUCCCUGGGACCCCCGCUCCUGCCCUGUCGGCCAGCACCCAGAGUUCCUGCCAUCAAGAAGCCAAUCUUAAGAAGGACAGGAAAGCCAAUGUCACCGGAAGAACAGUUUGACCAGCAUCCUGUCCGUUUUACAAUUGGACCUCCAGAGACAAGCCUUGAAACACCCCCUCCAGUGACAGUGCCUCCACUCCCUCGAGUCCCUCCCGUUCCCAAGCCGAGAACAUUUCAGCCCAGGAAAGAGGUGGAGAGGAGGUCCAGCAAUGGAAAACCAGGACCAGAUGAAGCAUCUCUUGUGGCAGGAGCCACCAUGCUGCCCCCUUCAGAGGUGCCCAAGGUGCCCCCAAGAAGGAAAAAAUCUGCACCAGCAGCUCUCCACCUACAGAUCCUGCAGAGCGACAGUCAGCUUCUUCAGGGCCUUUCAGACAGCAGCGAUGCUGGGGGCAGCUGUUCUUUUGGACCCCAGCUGGACACCAACGCUCUCUUCCCACCAGUGGAUUUUCUAGGCACUUCAUCCGCCUCAAGCCCUGAAACUAAUGGCCCCAGGGCAAUGAAGCCCACGGCAAGCUCUGUUCUUGGUGAUUGUCAGGACCCUUUUUGGAGCCUUCUCCACCACCCUAAACUGCUGAAUAAUGCCUGGCUUUCCAAGACUUCUGACCCUUUAGACCCCACAGCCAGAAGCUCUGAGAGGGCACAGACAGACCCAGCACAGCUCAGCACUUCUGCUGACAAGGGGCAGCUGCUCCCAGACCAUGAGGGAAAGACGUUCGAUCACUGGGUGUCCAUCAGUGACAAAGACAAGAGAACGACAUUGCAGGUGUUUGACCCACUGGCAAAAACAUGACCAAUGGACUUGUAGAAUACCUCCCUCACAGACUUGCUUGACCAGGUCAAAAAGACAUGUAUUUAAACAAAAGCACACUGAAAAAACAUUUGCGCAUCUAUCCCUUUAAAAAAACAAAUAUUGUGUCUGUUCUUCAGUAAGAUUAUUAUUCACCCUCCAAAUGUUUUCUGUAAGACUCGUGCAUUUUUAGUUUGCUCUUGGGAAUGGGAUCCUCCUGUUUGAUUCAGUGUAUGGAUUUUAAGGAAGGAAAUUUAGCUGAUAAGGCCCAAGUUCUCUCCUUUACAGUGAAUCUUAAGUGUUCAUUCAGUUUAUAUGUAUGUGGUGGAGUUUUGUUUGUUUUUAAUUUUCUUUAUAUUUUACAAACUUGGGAUAGCUCUUUGGUGAACCUUUGGAAGAUUAUGCAUAAAGGAUAACAUUAAAAGUGGGGAAAUUUUGAGCUAUUACCGGCCUACUUUAAACCAGGUUUAGUUUUGUUUUUGUGGUUUUGUUUUUUGAGACAGGGUCUCACUAUCUAGUUCAGGCUGGCCUUGAACUCAUUAUGCAGCCCAACGUGGCCUUGAACUCGCAGCAACCCUCCCUCUUCAGUCCCUUGAGAGCUGUGAUUACAGGCAUGCGCUACCAUGCCCAGCUACCCCAGAUUUUAGAAGUCAGAAGCAGAAAUUAGGUCAACCAAAAGACCAGACCCUACAUUCCCUUGAGCCAUUGUGUUUGUUUAUGUAGUCAGCCUUUCAUAUCUUCACAUUCUGCAUUCACAGUCAGCCAGCUACUAAUCAAAAAUAAAACAACUGCAUCUGUACUGAACAUGUACAGACUUCUUGUCAUUAUUCCAUAGACAUUAGAACAUAACUAUUUGCAUGGCAUGUACACUGUACAUGUUAGGUACUAUAAGUCAUCUAAAGAUUACUUAAAAUGUAUAGGAGGAGAUACCUAGGUUAGAUGUGAAUACGAUGCUGUUUAGGUAAGACUGGAACAUCUGGAUUUUGGUAUCUAAGGGGACCCUGGAACCAAUCCCCUUUGGAUACUGAGGGAUAACUAUACAUGUGUGUGAACCUGGAUUGUGUGUGAAUCCUGUGGGAGCUGGGGUCUUACACUAUUGAAGUUUUAAUGCGGGUACCAUUAGCUUACGCUCAGUUUAAACGCACUGCAGACUCUGGUACUAGGUCUCAGACAUUUCAUGUCAUAUAAAUUGCUGUAGUCUUGAGUUAGGGUUGUGCUUCUUCAGUUUGUAUCCCCUUUAUUAUCUCACCUUUAUUAUAUGAAGCCUCAUAGACUCUCUUCCCCCCAGAUACUCCAUAAAGAUACAGACUUAUAAAGGCACAUAAUAUUUUCAUUCUGAAGAGUAUUCGUUUUAGUCUCAUCCACCUGGCCAUGGCUUCAGGAAGAAAUGCACUGCUUGGCCCUGUUAUAUAAGGAUCCCCAGGGGCAGAAUGCCUGAGUUGGCUUACUUUUUAGAGUCUUUCAUGGAUGCCAUACUAUUCAUGAGUGUAGGGGGCUCCUAUCUGAAAUGCCAACCACUGGUAUGGUCACAGUCACCUUGUCUGGGAUAUACCAUCUUUGCCACCAGUCAGACCUCUGGGAUUUCAGAAUUCAUUUUCACUGUCAUUAUCUAGAUAUAUGACAAGGCACCUAAAUCUGGAAUUCAAAAACAACUUUACAUAUCUCAUUUAAUCUGGAAAUUGAUAAGGAAUUAAUGGCUGAUGUACUAUGCAUAAUUGGCCAGUUACAAAAAGUAGUUCAGGUGGUCAGUACCUUGUGUGGCACUUAAUGUAUUUAAAGGAUUAUGUUGUUCACCUCUUGUGUUUGUUAAAGAAAGAAAAAAAAAAUCAUAUAAAGAGUUGGAAGAGCCAAGAUGGGUUGCUUGGAGAAGUAAAAUGAUUGAACAAGAUGAAUCUCUCGACUAACAGGUGCAAUCACGAAUGGACCUGAAGACUUCUUUAUUCAAAUGCCCUUUUCCUUUUAUCCUGUCUUUCUACAUGAAAAGAGGUAAAUUUGAAAGAAAAUCUAUGUAAAAAAUCAGAAAAGCAGGGAGUAGUCCCUGCCAUAUAAAUUGUUUGCAAUGCUGGGAAUAGGCCUAAUUUGGUUUCUUUGUUCUAGCUAGCAAGAAAAACGUGAUAGUACAGAGAACAGGAUUCCAUUAUGAUAGGUUCUCACAAUACAAGCAGCUCUUGAGAGCCUGUCAGUAAAUGUUAACAUACAGAAUUGUACUGACCUGGGGAGGUGGGUCACAAGAGCACAAUAAAAAUUAUGAGUUGCACAAGAAUUGUGUGGCAUAGUGUGUACUCCUGUAAUCCUAGAAAUCGGGAGACUGAGGCAGGAAUAUUGCUUGAAAGUUCAAGACCAGCCUGAAUUUACAUAGUACGGCAGUCUGAAAAAUAACGAAUAUUACUUCAUCAUGGAUAUUCAAAUUUAAUGAACAAUAUGGACUACAUUUUGAGUUGCUACUAGGUAUAGUUCUCUCACCUCUCUCUUAAAAAUGAGGACCAUUAGAAUAGUUUUACUUGUUUGUUUUUGUUUUUUUUAAAUCAAUGCUUACCAGUUUGAAGGUUUCCCAGGUUAGCAGGAGAGUCAACUGGGGAACUUUGCCUGAAACCGGCUGCUCUUGAAGGGAUUUCAUUCUGUGGGUUUCAUUUUUGGUCCAUCUUUAUGCUACCACAAGGCUUUCUUACUGUGACCUUGUAGUUUAAUCGCCACUGUAGGGUUGCACGGUAUAGUUUAGGCCUCACACUUUACACCCGAGCACCGCCUCCGACAAGUAUUGUCCCUUUUGCAAUGUCAUCGUCUCAGACUCACUGCCUAUUUCUAAAGUUUAUUUUGGUACAUGAUUGAAAUGAGGGUGUCUUCUCAUGCAGUUUCUGUAAAAGCUUAAAGUUGUUGAAGCUCAAGAUAUUUAACAAGAUGCUCCUGGACAUGUGUGUGAAUAAAAGCAAGUAAUCUAGCUUUCACUUUUAAUGAAGUCAUUUUGGGGAAGGAAAGCUUCAGAGAUUAUUUAUUGGGGUGAUUAAUUAAAUACCUGUAAUAUUCUCGAAGUGAUAUUUGUACCCUUUGUUAUACAGAAUGUGUAUUAAAUAUUUGUCUUUUUAAAAA